CUCCAAUUCAAUCAAGUGGGAAAACUUUACAUCUUCAAGCUGGACAACCACUGCUAUCCGAACUCAAUCUAAAACCCAGCAAUCAAUUAAGAUGGUUCUCGGGCUUCACGGUCACAGUCAUGUUGAUAUCAACAGCAUCAAGAAUAGUCACCCGGAUCCAACCACUUCGAUCUAUCCACAACUGUCUCCCGACGAUGCUCCGUACCAAGUGCAGGAAGUCGAUAUGCGCUCUGCAAUAUUUAUUCCUGAGGAGUUCCAAUACGGUCGAGAUGGUAAAGUACCUGUGAUACUCGUUCCUGGAACAGGCUCCUUCGGCGGAGAAGCUUUCAGGUGCAACUUUGCAAAGUUACUUAAAGCGAGUAACUUCGGAGAUCCACUUUGGCUGAACAUCCCUGGAAUGAUGUGCGACGACGCAGCAAAGAAUGCGGAGUACGUUGCCUACGCUAUCAACUACAUUUCAACAACCUGCAGCAAGAAAGUGGCAGUGAUAGCCUGGUCGCAAGGAAACCUCUGUGUUCAGUGGUCAUUGAAAUACUGGCCAAGCACUCGCGGACAAGUCAGCAACUUUAUAUGCCUCUCUGCAGAUUUUCGUGGGACCACCAAUGCAUGGCUCAUGGCUCCUGCUGCUGGUGUGCCAUGUGCGCCAGCAGUGAGACAACAAAGGAGACGUUCAAAAUUCAUUACCACCUUGAUGUCGAAUGGUGGUGACUCGGCUUAUGUGCCUACCACUUCAAUUUAUUCCAGAACAGACGAGGUUGUUCAACCGCAAUUUGGGAAAUGGGCGUCAGCUUUGAUGUAUGAUGAACGCCAAGUCGGAGUUACGAAUUGUGAGGUCCAGGUGGCAGCAUGCAAGAAACCAGCAGGUCUGUAUUACACACAUUUUACACUAUUGUACAAUCCGCUUGCGUGGGCUUUCACUGAAGACGCCAUCUGCAACGGUGGACCAGGUCGAUUGGAUAGGAUUGACAUGAAAUGUUGCAUGCGUACCAAGACACACGGGCUGAAUAGGCUGGACGUACUGAGAACCAAGGAGCUGAUCAGGUGUGGGAAGGCAAUCUUGAACUACCCGGCGAAGCUUAAAUAUGAGCCAGAGUUGCCGCCAUAUUGUGCUCGCGAGGAGAAGACAUAUGUGCCUGAUUACGAGGCAGAUAUUGAGUAGGCUGCUCAUGAUUCAGGUGUGUCAAAUGACUUGAAAGAACCUGUAAAUGCAGAAUAGAACCCAUCUAAAAGUUUUGAC